CUCCGGCGGUGCCGAGACCUCCAGGUGCCCGGCGCGAAGGCGGAGCCGCGCGUCCAGCCGCCUCCCCGGCGCCUCGGACGACACCCCCCACCCCCCCGGGAGCUGGGGGGCCCCCGCGCGGCGGCUCCGGGCGCCCGGCCUCCCCGGGGCUCGGCGCGCUCCUCCCCGGGACGCGCGGGGCGCGCACGGCCGAGCAGAGCGCAGCCCGCACGGCCGAGCGGCGCCCACGCGGGGCAGCCCGCGCUCCAGCCCGCGGCGCCCGGACGCCCGCGACCAUGGCCGCCGAGGGACGCGGCCCCCGCGCCCCGCUCUGGGCCGCGGCGCUGCUGCUGCUGCUGCUGCUGGGGCUGCCGCGCGUGUGCGUGCGGGCGGACGGGAAGCUGUUUGUGCUGGAAUCUGAGAACGGCUCGCGCGGCCUGGAGCUGGAGGCGGCCCGGCUUUCCUGCAGGAGCAGGGGUGCGCACCUGGUGUCUGCGGAGGAGCUGCGGAGGGUGGUCCAGGAUUGUGCCUUUGCGGUGUGCACCACGGGCUGGUUGGCGGAUGGCACCCUGGGGACAACCGUGUGCAGCAAGGGGAGGGGUGAGCAGCAAAUUAUGAGAGCCGUGGACGUGAGAAUUGAAAGCAACCCGGUUCCUGGUGGCAGGUCCAAUGCCCUCUGUAUGAAGGAUGAAGACAAGCCGUGUGGAGACCCGCCCUCGUUCCCACACACCAUCCUGCAGGGCCGCACGGGCUUGGAGACCGGGGAUGAGCUGCUGUACGUGUGCGCCCCGGGCCCCGCCACCGGCCGCCGCGGAUCGGCCUUCACCUUGCUGUGUAACAGCUGCGGGGAGUGGUACGGCCUGGUGCAGGCCUGCGGGAAAGAUGAUGCUGAGGCACAUAUUGACUAUGAAGAUAACUUCCCUGAUGACAGAUCUGUGUCACUCAGAGAGCUCAUGGAGGACUCCCGGACGGAGGCAGAGGAGGACAGAGGUCCAGGAGAGGCCUCUGAGGAGGCUCCACGGCAGGACCGUCUGGUCUCCGUUUCUGUGGGGAGAGACAGCAUAGCCCAGGAUACGGCCUUUGUGCCAACUACAGGCUUGUCCGUCGUUGGGAGCAGCGUCCCCACAGACCUGCCAGGAUCCCGACUGAGCCGCAAGUACUUGUUCUGGCUUCCCGCGGAGCCCUUCCACAAGCCUGAGGGGGAAAAGGGGACGGAUGAUGACACCAAAAAGCAGUUUCUGGCUAGAGAGAAGCAUGGUAGCAUCACACCGGCUCCGGGCGAACCUGACGCCAAGAUGGCCUAUAGCAGCACAGAUGGGCACUCAGGGACGUUUGUGGGCAGGACCGACGGCAAGACAGGGGACCCGAUGGUGAGCAGCAGUGAUGAGUCCUGGUUAGAUGGCUACCCUGUGACCGACGGGGCUUGGAGGAAGACGGGGGCAGAAGACGAGGACGGGGACAAGGGAGGUGGGUCAGUAGGGCCGGAAGAGAGGGUUCUAGUUGCUCCCAACCAGCCCACUCCUGUCGAAGUUAAGAAGCCUGGAGGUACCACGCUCACACCACGUGAGGACGUGACCCGCGGUUCAGUUCUUCUGUCUCAAACGCUAGAUGUGGAAGCUUUGGCUCUCGGACCGAUAAAUGUGUCUGAAACGGAGAGUCCCAGCGCGGGAGAUGGUGACUUGCCCGGGUACCAGUCAACUGUUCCUCGGAAGUUUGCCACAGAGAAGUCUCCCGUGGCCACCCUCCCCUAUGAACUCACCAGCUCUGCCCCGGAGACGGUAACAACUGCUGCCCGGCAGAUGCCGGAUCCCAGUCCCUCGACUGUCAUGGCGGCCACCCAGACUCCAGUGGAAACCAUCACUCCUGAGGUCCGGGACAGCUUCCCCUACCUGCUGUCCGAGGACUUCUUGGGACAGGAAAGCCCCGGCCCACGUGCAAGUGAUGAGCUUCUGCCAACCGUGGAACCGUGUGUAGGGGAUGGGUGUCCCGGCCUCGGCAGGGGCCCUGUCAUCGCCACCAUCGUCACCGUCCUGUGUCUGCUGCUGCUCCUGGCAGGCGUGGGGGCGGUGUGGGGCCACCGUAAGUGCCAGCACAAGAGCUCUGUGUACAAGCUGAACGUGGGCCAGAGGCAGGCUCAGCACUACCACCAGCAGAUUGAGAUGGAGAAGGUCUAGCCUCCUUCAGUGCGGGCUCCCCCGAAGCCACUUGGGAGGAAAACGAACCGUGCCACGUCUCGCCGAUAAACACGGAUGAUUCACUAGACCAUGAAACAGGUGGCGCCGGGCCCAUCCUUCUCGUGCUCGGGUCUUUGUUCUACAGGCCACGAAGUGUCUCUGGGGGCACCUGGUAGGACAAGAAGGCCUCGGUGGCAUCAUCACACACAUCAACAUCUCCCUAACCAACUGCCCCGGAAUGUGCUGCGCUAAUCCCAGACCUGUGCUCGGGCCCUGAUUCCCAUGUGAGGUCAAAAGUCGUCUCCCACUCCAUCAUGCUAUUGCCUUCUUUCCCUUUUUUAAGAGAAAAAAAAAAAUGACUCCACAACGUGAAAUUUUUAGAAAAAGUGUGGUAACCUGACAUUUGAGAACAGUGUUAUUUAGGAGAUGGAUAUUUAAUUGUUGGGGGUGGGAUAUAGAAAAAUAAUAGGCUACUUCCUUUUAACGUCGUGACAUUGUGGGGGCAAACGAGCCAGGAACCGGGGCGUAGUCUAGAAGCUUUGAGGUUUCUUUUUAGCUGUUUGUUGAAUUUGGAGAGAAUUCAGGACUGCUGUUUCGUUGGGGGUUGAAAAGUAAUGAGACACGCCAUCCACUUCUGUCCCCUCCGUUCUGUAGGACAGACCAUUGUUUUUUUGAAAACAAGGUCAUCUUUGUACCGGUAAGCACGAUUUCCUCUCGGAUGCAGUGGCCUAGUUGUUCUUGACCAGUCUGCGCCUAAGAAUACCAUAGAGUUUUUUGUUGAACUAACAAAGCUCAGUUCUUGGUUUCCUCUCUUAGAAUUUGCCAUUUUUCCGGACUCCAGCAAGAGGGAAUGACACGGGAGGAAAGUAAUCUUUUAAGAGGGCCGAGGGCUUAGGAUAUCAAAGUAGAGGGAUGCAGAGGAAUUAAAAAGGAAUAUGAAAUUCCCCGUGCUGACGUCUUCUGUACUCUGUCGUGGCAGUUGGGAGCUCCAUGGAAACAGCAUGAGUCCGGGAUGGACUCCUCCUGGCCACGGAGCACCCCAUCUCAUGGUAUCUAGAUCACCUUAGGACGGUUCGGCAGGUACCGUGUCCAACAGAGGCUCUCAGAGCGUGGUCCUCGGACAGGCAGUAUCAGCUCCCAAGCAGAAACCCUGGGGGCGGGGCUCAGCUCGCUGUGUGUUAAGGAGCCCCCCAGCUGAUCCUAAAGCACAGUCACGUUGGACAACCAUUGCUUUAGACUAUAAAUUGUGAGCUUGAGCCAGCUGAAGGCCCAGAGGCCCAGAAGAUGAGUAGCGCCCGUGGCUUGCCUUGCGCGGAAGCCGGGCAUCGCCACGCGCACCUGUGGCAGCAUUUGAAGCCGCUGCUACGCCGUCGCCAAUGGUCUCCGAUAUAUUGGCCCAGAGACGAAACACAUUAUGCUUUUAUAAUAUGAGUCACCUUCUUAGGAAUAGUUUUCAGUGGUUAAAAAAAAAAAAAAAAAAAAAAAGUGACGAAGGCCUUACGUUGAUUUUAAGACACUAAUUGAGGGGUUUUACGUGCAAUGAAAUCCUGAUCUCCUUUACAAUGGAAGAAUUGGUGGUGGUGUUUUGCACACGCACGUGUGGAAAAUUCGCACACCAUGUUUUCCACCCUGCCACCUGUGUGCUUUGGAAAAAUGCACCUGGGUGCAUGCUUUGGAAAAAUAAGUAUCUAUAGAGGCAGUGUGGCAAAGUCAAAGACCCUAGUCGCCAUCACUGGGUAAAGUGAAGGCCUGAAGGUACCGAAUGGAACACCUACACGUCAGGUAGAAUCUAGAAUAGGACUGAAAUACUUUCUGCAUGUGUAGCCAAAGCAAAACACCACAGAAUAAAAGCCAGAGACUGUAUGUAUUUAUAAAUUAGAUUCUCUUCUAAUCUAUUACAAGAUAACAUUUCUAUUUUUAACUAUAUAAAAUAACCUCCAUCUCAACAUUGGGAUCGUGUUAUUCAACUAUCAUUAUGUCAUAACCCAAGAACACUGACUGAAUAUCAACCCAGAAAUGGGGAAUGUUAAUAUGAAUGUAUUAAUAAAUUUAUUACAGAUACAUUAAUACAUGUAAAUGUAUUAUUCUGUAGACGUGAACUACAUGAAAACAAACCCAACGCAUGAGUUUUUACAUUUUUAGUGACUUACUGUCAUCUAAAUUAAUGUCAUAGGAUCUAAAAAUGCAUGUAGAAAGGGAAUCAUUAAAACAUUGUGUACCUAAA